CUAGACCUACCAAUAUUUUGUUGCGCAAAGGUUUUGUUUGGUCACUGUGUGUUGUAUUUAAUACUGAAAUUUCUCGUAGUGGAGUGUUGUGAUAUACACGACCGAUUCUGUAAUUAAAUUUUGUAAUGAAUGAACAUUAUAUUAUCGCUGUUUUACUCAUUGUCCAGACUUCAUUAGUAAAUAUUGCACAAGCAGAUGAAGAUCUAAUUGGUGAUACGUAUUCUAUUGACGGGAAGGUAGUACCUCCUGACUCUGCCAGUUCAGAAUGGCUUGUGAAUACAAGAAUUUUGGUCAAUGGUGGUGAACAUGUGGGAUUUUUAAGGAAUGAUGGUAGUUUUGUGGUUAAUAACUUACUGCCAGGGUCGUAUGUCGUAGAGGUGGCUAACCCAAAUUACAUUUACGAACCAGCUCGGGUCGAUAUAAAUUCCAAAGGUAAAUUUAGAGCCCGUAAGGUCAACUAUAUCCAAAGUUCUUUGGUUCAUCAAAUAAGUUAUCCACUGAAGCUGAAGUCAAGAGGACCAUUUAAAUACUUCCAGGUUCGAGAAAGCUGGAGAGUAACUGAUUUUCUCAUGAAUCCUAUGGUAUUGAUGAUGGUGUUACCACUGUUGUUGGUGAUGGUCCUUCCGAAAAUGAUGAAUGCGGCUGACCCAGAAACACAAAGGGAAAUGCAACAGCUGCAGAUGCCCAAGUAUGAUAUGCCAGAACUUUCUGAAAUGAUGACAUCAUUGUUUACUGGAGGAAAGAAGCCCCAGCCAAAAAGUUCCAAAGUAUCCAAGAAAAGACAGUAAAUUAUAAGCAUACUGUUAAUAUUACAUUAAAAUGUGUCAGCCUUUACUGUUAAUAUAAACACAACCUGAAAAUGAUUUAUGUAUUGAAUUCUUCUGAUAUAUUUAUUAUAGUAUUCCUAUUGAUAAAUUAUUUGUAAGUAUAAGCAGAACCCAAUAUUUUUUGAUGAUAUAAUGAAAACCAGGGAAAUGUUUUAUCAUAUUUCUAAGUGAAUAUACAUUAAUAUGUAUGAUAUCCCAGUUCUUUAAUAUUCAUCUAACUUUGAAUUAUAAACAAUAUUAUACAAAAUUUAAGUUUUGGUGAAAAUUGAAAUGUAUAAUCUCAUGUUAACAAUGUAAAAAUAUUUUUUCUUGAAUUCAGCCAGUCAGCAUUGAUAAACACUUUGAAAGAGAUAGCAAUAGACCUGUUUUUGUUGAUUCUAGGACUAUUUGUGUUGUUACUUAACAGCAAAACAUACCAUUCAAUUUGCUAAGUAAUAGCAUGGUACACAGAAUGAUAUGAGACUAGAUAAGUUGAAGUAGCACUAGUUUCUUUUAAACUAUAAUUAAAUUCAUUUAUUAAAGGGAUUUUGUAGUGACAGGUUUUUAUUUUAUUAAUUACAUGAAUAGCAACAGGUUUUUUUAUUUUUUUGAUUAGGUGAACACUAAAUUAUAUUCCAAAGUUUUUGCUUAUUUUGAUUUCCGUAUGGAAUUUUACAAUACAAAUUUAAGCUAAGAUCUUUCAUUUACCUGCCCACAGCAACAUUCAUGACAAAAAUAAUUAUAUAUCACUUUCUGAAACCAAAACAAUAGAAAUUUUAUUGAAUUAUUCAUCUGUUCAGUUAAAUUUACUUUAAAUGAUAUUGUUUGGUUGGUGAUAAGAUAAGGGCAGUUAAGCAUGCCAAAAUUCUUACGUAUGUGUACGAGUAACAUCAACAUACACAGCCUCUUUCAAAUGCCAUUAUUUUUCACAUCUAAAAGUAUGCCCACAGUGAAUUUAAUGACUUUUAAUAUAGCAUUGAAUCAGCAUAUCAAAUAUAGUGUUGAACAUAGAAAUAUAAAUCAUAAAUAUUUUCCACCAACAGCUUAUGCUCAAUAACAGGAAUCUUGAGAGUAUAUUAAAUGUUUUGUUCUUUAGGCUAUUAUAUUUAUAUUACUUUUCUGUGCUCAUGUUUUUUUGGGUUUUUUAUCACAUUUUUCUUAAUUUGCCAAUUAUGAAUUUGAAUCUAGAAGCAUAACAUAUUAUCUAGAUUGUCCUGACAGGAAAGACAGAAACCUUCACUAGUUGAUUUAUUAUUUAUUUUUGUAAUCCUCAUGUCACUGCUGGGAAAGCAUUUUAUUCAACACUAAAACUCAGCUAAGAUGAAAGGACCUUUUGCAGAUAAACGUCAUACCUGAAAUGUUGUAUGUUAAAGUAUUUACAAUUUUGUCUCAAGAUGUAUAAUAUGUAAGCUAAAAAUCAAAAUUAUUUUUCAGUUUAUUGUAUGUGAUAAAACAUAUUUGAUUGUAGAUUAGUCUGUUUGAGUCAUAAUGUUCCAUCCUUUAGGGAUUACAAAGUAAAGGCUUUUAAAAAUACCAUUUCAGGUCUUGUUUUUCUGCAUCUCCAUAGAUUUUAACACUUUAAUAAACUUAUAAUCUUAAAUAUUAAUGAUAAGUUUCUCUAAAAGUUCACUUCUUGUGAAAAAGAGCUUUUUCUUAUGGCUUUGUAGUGUCUAGUUUUUUUUUACUCGCAUUAAUCUCUUAAUUUCAGUUUCUGACUUUAAUAAUCAGAUUUUUUUAAACAUGCUGUUUUGUUCUGAUAAACAUUUUAAAGCUUUUUUAUAUAUACAGUAGCUGUUAUAGAACUCUUUUUUUUUUUGGUUUGUUAAUAUACUUAUCACUCCAAAAUUGAGUAGCUUUGAAAGCCUGAGUUUGUAUGUUUUAUUUGAGCUUAAAAAUUAUUCCUAGAUAUGUAUAACUCUAAAUGGUUAUAUAGAAGUAAAUUUCCUCAGAUACGUUGAAAAUGUAUAACUGUUUUUUAAAUAAAUUGUGGGAAUAAGCUUAUCUUAUAAACUAGGACAUACUAAAAUCCAUA